UUUAACACGCAGUUGCGCAACAUUGGACCAGGGCGAUAACACAUUUUCCUAGAGUGAAAAACGUGAAAAGACAAACAGCAACGGAGAGAGCAGCAGGAAUAUUGGUUGUAUGGCACCUCAGUCGUGCAUAAUGAAUCCUGCGCAGGGAUCACCGCCCUCGGCUGCUCCGGGGGAGACCUCCCCAGAGGACCGGGCCGCCGGUGGAAUAGGAACUGACGAGCUGGACCUGUCAUCCGCCAGAAGGUGUAAAAACAAAAGUUUAGAUCUACCUUUCAGUGUGGACUCCCUCAUAUCAGACAGGACGCCGGACAGAAGCCUCCACUCCCCCGAGCCUGGUUCAGGUUGCGUCCGGGCAGAUGAGACCGAGUGUGCGUCACCGAGAGGACUUUGUGGGUCCAAACCAGAGGUGAUGGACCUCAGUGACAAGGAGACGAGCCCCUUGUUUCAGACUCUUUACGCAUCCCCUCCACGUGACUCUCUGAAUAUAUUUCCAGGACUCCCCAGCCCGGCCUCGUGCAAUCUACGGAAACACAAGAACAACAGGAAACCCAGAACUCCCUUCACAACCUCUCAGCUGCUUUCUCUGGAGAGGAAGUUCCGUCAGAAACAGUACCUCUCCAUCGCAGAGAGAGCGGAGUUCUCCAACUCACUCUGCCUGACAGAGACCCAGGUCAAGAUCUGGUUUCAGAACCGCAGGGCCAAGGCCAAGAGACUGCAGGAGGCCGACCUGGAGAAGUUCAAGCUGGCCGCGAAGCCGCUGCUGCCGGCCUUCGCCUUCCCCUUCCCGCUGAGCGCACCCAUGGGCGCCCCGUCCCUCUAUGGGGCCCUGAACGGACCGCGGCCUGCCUUCCCCGUCCCGGGACUAUUUGGAGGACCAUAUGGGAUGUACUACUUUUCUUAA